AUGGCCUCCAGAACUCCUCUCACGGGCACUCCACGCCUCAAAUCCUCGGUCGCCCCGGAGACUCCCAUCAAGGACGCGACUGAGUCCACCGCGCCGCAAACAGUGCCGUUCCCGCCCCCGCAGACCUUUGAGAUCAUUCCACCUUUACACGGGAUCCUGCUUCGCCUGCUCUCCCAGAAGAACACAGCAAGUGAACAAGGAAAUACAACAGCACCUGCAGGAAAUGAGUCCACGCAGCCACAAUCCCAGCAGCCGUUAGACCCUAAGAACGGGACCGGGCCAUCUUCCCUCGACCUCACGAAUCUCGAACCGAACGCUCAUCCACCUCUCGACGUCAAGGACCUUCCUACAGAGACCAGUUCCGUCAAGAUUCGGUUACAAAAGGCGCGCACGGUGGUGGAGGGACUGCCAGACGUGGAUCGAUCUGUUGCGGAGCAGCAACAAGAGAUUGAAGAGUUGGAGGACCAUGUGGCCCGGCUGCGCUCUGUGAUUUCCGACUUUGGGAGUCGGGCAGGAAUGAAGGAAAGGGUCAAGAUGGAAUCCUAA